AUGCAAACACCUGGGUUUGUCCAAUUCUGGACCGAUCCUAAUGAAUUUUUUAGAAAACAUCAAAUCGGUUUUGAGAAACGAAGAGCCAUGAUUCGGGAGACGAUGGAACAUGUGUUUGGAGAAAUGGACGUUUUCCACCCCGACUUCUACAAGAGAGGCAACGCCGACUUGAAUUCGACCUCUGCGGCUGAAUGUGCACACAGGAAAAUCGUCGCUUGGCUGAGAUCAUCGUCAAGGUCCAAGCCUCAGCUGGUAAUGGAGGUCUUACGCAGAUCAAUACCUCAAAAACUUCCCCAAACCAUCGAAGAAUCGUAUUUCAAUGGAUCGCCAGAGACAGAUGAAGCCAUUGCAAAUGUUCUUUUCGACCCCGACAGUCAAGAUUUGGAAGAAUACACUCAAGAGUGUGCAGCGGUUCUGCACAGAAAAAAAAUCGAGAAAGCGAAAGAGGCACAUGCCCCAUCUGAUCGCAUCCCAUUCUCAACAGUCACGUUCAACCCUCCGAUUCCCGUUCCCUCACACGCGACCACCAAAGAGGAAUUGCCCAAGGCCAUCAAGCAACGAAUCAUGGAAGGUAUCAGAAAUUGUCGAACUCUUCCAAUGAAUGAGAUAAUCCGGCAGGUUGACGAGUUUGCCGAGUUGUACCUGGUGAACAAAUCACUGGUACAACUUAAGAUCAUCGAUCAGAUUCCUCAAGAUUCGUUGACUUUGGAUUGUGUCCAAGUUGUGUCCAAGUCUUCAUCCCGGCUAAAUUCCGUGAUUUACCUUAAAUACGUCUACCUUUCUAUCCGGGACAUCCGAAAAAUCGCUGCCUCCCAGAAUCUCGCCAGUACCCUAUAUGGUCGACGAUGUCUCAAUUACCUGGAAUCUCUGGGAGCUGCCGAUGAUCAGUCCAAAGUUUACUUGACCCAUCACGUAGGACGAUGCUGUACCGGUGAGAACAAACGACGACAUGGUGAAUUUGGAAGUGUCAAUAACUACGACGAGGUCAUAGGCGCACGACCAUGGAUCGAGGCCUUACCAGAGUAUGGUAUCACUGCUCCCGAAGUCGAAUACCUUCCGUUGGCCGAGCAUUCCAACCUGGAGGGCGAAGAAUGGCCCAAGCGAAUGGUAAGUACCACCUCCACUUUCAUGACGAUCAUGUCUCACUCAGAAUUUUAG